AUGGAUAUUAUUAGCUGGAAUUGCAGGGGAAUCUGCAAUGAUGCGACUGUAAGGGCAUUGAAGGAUCUGAUGACCCAGAAUCGUCCCCAAAUUGUGUUUCUAUGCGAGACAAAGAUCAGUAGAAAGGAAGACUUCCAAGUGUUGCAGUUGUCGCUAGGGUUUCCUCAUUCUGUAGAGGUCCUCAGUGAUGGUCAGUCAGGAGGGUUAGCGUUGUUUUGGUGUGCGGAGGUGGAUAUUCAACCCCUUACAAAGUCUGCGCAUCAUAUUGAUGCGGAGCUAUUGAAGGACCUUAGUGAUCUUGACUCUCUCCCUUGGGUUGUAAUCGGGGACUUCAAUGAAAUACUCAACAAUGGAGAGAAGAUUGAUGGGCCUCCAAGAGCUGAACGGCAAAUGAGAGGUUUCAGAGAGGCUUUAGGUUAUUGUGAGUUGUUGGAUCUUGGGUUUCAGGGUUCUAGGGCAACAUGGUGGAAUUCUGAGACACAUCUAAGGUUAGACAGGGCUGUUUGUACGCCCUCCUGGUGUGAUGUUUUUGGUUAUGCAAAAGUUAUUCAUUUGCCUCCUUCUGAGUCAGAUCAUGUUCCAAUAUUACUCCAUGCUAGUACAGUCCCAAUACCAAAACGUCCUCGACGUCAUAGAUUUAAAUUUGAAUCCUUCUGGCUUCAACAUGCUGAUUGUGAUUCUUUGGUUAAGGAGAAAUGGCAGGCUGACUUUUCUGGGGCACCUAUGUUCCAAGUAACCAAGAAGAUUACCAAUACACGGAUGGCCUUAGAUAAAUGGCAAAGAGAAACCUUCAGAGUGAGACAACAACAAAUGAUGGGGGUGAGAACCCGUCUAGAAGAGUUGAUGGAUGCAACAAUUACAGUGACUAUCCAGGAGGAGAAGAAAACCCUAAUGGAUAAGCUACAUGUUCUGCUCUCUGAGGAGGAAGCUUUUUGGAGACAGAGAGCAAAGAUCCAGUGGUUGAAGGAGGGUGAUAGCAACACAGGCUUUUUCCACCGUAAGGCAGCAAACCGGAGACGUAAAAAUGUGAUACAUGGUCUAUAUGAUGAGAAUGGGGUUUGGCGUGAUGAUGAUAAGGGAAUGGAACAAAUUGUGACCUCCUAUUUUACACAGAUGUUCACUGCGUCUCCAAUUGAUAUGGAAGCCAUGCAACAUACUUUGGAAGCCAUUCAACCCUGUGUUUCGGCUGAAAUGAAUCUUCAACUUUGUAGGAAUUAUACAGAAGAAGAAAUACGUGAAGCACUGUUCCAAAUGUAUCCUACAAAGUCCCCAGGACCAGAUGGAAUGCCUCCAUUAUUUUUUCAACAUUAUUGA